AUGUUGCUAAGCGUAGCCUAUGCUUGCAUCAAAAUCCAUGAUAUCCUGUCGAAGGGUAAUGGUCAAGAACGCUCUCAAGUCACCGUGCUGGAGGGAAAGCUGGAUGGAUGGGCAGGUUCAUCUGUCAUGUUACAAAACACGUCCGGCGAAAAGAUCGGGGUGAAGGACGAUCCCUCCUUGUCCCUACUGCUUACAACUGCACAAGUUCGUGCGGACUUUUUGCAGGAAGAGCAGCAUCAACAAGAAAGCUUGACCACUGCUGGCCCACACGAAGCUGAACCAGGUCGAGAAGAGCUGCCAUCCCGUGGAGAAGAGUCUCCAACGGUUUGCUUGGCGGUCAUCGCAAAGACGAGUGCAGCCACCGAGUUGCUCCUCAGAGUCAAGCACUUGAGUUCUCAGCACGAGAACAUCUUCAGCCACCGCUAUUUGGUGGUGGAUGCGAAGGACGAAAAGGUAGAUGCCUCCAUUGCCAGCGUGGCAGACUCAUUGGUGAGUGAGAAGUAUCUCGAGGAAUGGCUAGCCGUGAACCAUUCCGCUGCGUAUAUGCAAUUGGUAAACUUGACUGCUGCGUGGGGCAACUCCUUUCGGCUUGAGGUUGAGAAAGUUUCAAUGGGGCAUGGAUCCUUUGACAGUGAUUUGCCGGUGAAAGAAUUGGACCAUUAUUUUGCUAUCGACCAGUGUAAUGCAGACUACGUGGCUAUCCUGGAGUCAGACAUGAUCAUCUCUAGGCAGAAGGAGUAUUCCUGGAUCAGUGAAGGCAUUCAGGCACUCCGAGAUAACCCAGACUUGAUGCUUGUGAUCCCGGCCUUCCCGGGAAUGUCUCAGCGCAAGGUCCGGUUUCGGCCCACCACCAAGGCGAUCGUCAAGUCGAGUCCACCAGGCCGCUUUGUCGGCCGCGUACCACUUGUGGACACGACCUGUGAACAUCCGUACUCCUUGCCUGGCCACGCCUCGCUGCUGGAUCUUCGUCGCUACAAACAGCUUGUGUCCUUCGGCCACUCUCUGGAGCAUCGCUGCGGGGGUAUGCUUGUGCGCGGGAAGCCGUGUAAACAGAUGACAUACGUGCGAAAAUGUGGCGGCACCCGGAGCUGGGCAGCAGCUUUCGAAUGCGUGAUCUGCAACAGCCCAGCUUUGAGGCAGGCACAUUUGGCUGAGGAGCAGCGUUGCUCGCUGUGGUAUGCGCCGAUGACCCUGAUGCGCUACGACAUGGGCGGGCUCAGAGCGGAAAUCAGCAAAGCUGAGCUUCAGCAAUAG